GAAGGCUCUCGAGCGCCGCUUCUCCCCGCAAUCUCGCUUUUCUGUCGGGAUCAAGGGGCAGCAUGAGGGCGGCGCUGGUCCUCUGGAGCGUCCUUCUGGCGGCAGGUUGGCCCACCCUGGUGAAGGGGGAAGAGCUUGGCGGGCUCAGGAAUGAAGUUUACCAGGAGGAGGAAGCCAGAGAGGACUUGGCAAGCGUCCAGUUACUUCCGGCCAGGGAGGCUUUGGAGCACGAAGGAGAGAGAGGUGGAAGUGUGUCGUCUGCAGGGAACAACUUCAGUGAACUCCCUCGAGUUGCUUUCCUUUCCAAUCCACAAGAACCUGUGAUUCCAGUGAAGGAAGGGAAAGGGGAAAAAAGGAGGAAGGGCAAAGGGAGAAAGAGAGACCCCUGCCUGCGAAGAUACAAGGACUAUUGUAUCCAUGGAGAAUGCAAAUAUAUCAAGGCAUUAAAAAGCGCACAUUGCAUAUGCGAAGAAGGGUACCACGGGGCACGAUGCCAUGCUCUUAGUCUUCCGGUGGAGAACCCCUCCCGUAGUUACAACCACACAACUAUACUGGCAGUCACAGCAGUGGUGCUGUCAUCUCUAUGUCUUAUCAUCAUUGCCGUGUUGCUGAUGCUCAGGUGCCACAAGCAAGGAGUAUAUGAUGUAGAGAGUGAAGAGAAGGUUAAACUGGGCAUCACUGUCAACCACUGAGGUGUCCUGAGAUUGCAAGGAUUCAGCCCUGGAGCAGCUCUUAUUUCCACAAUCCAGUGGACAAAACUCUUUCCUCCCCAAGACACAUUUCAACGUCAAAAGGGAGUUUGUAUGAAUGGAAGAGACUGUGUCAGAUCUUUGCUUUGUUGAAGAAGCAAUUCAUCCCCUCCAAACAGGAAGAUCUUUCCAAGAGAGAGACUUUUCUCCACCGAGCGCUUGUUCCUGAAAUGUGGAGCCACAGCCUAAAGAGAAGAGUUGGACUUUGCCUUGGUAUCAUUGGAAAGAAACAUCUUUGCAAGAAGACAAUGCACCCGCAAGUUGGAUUUUUCAGGCAUCUGCUGAGGAUUUAACUGUGAAAGACUUGGACUCUGCUGAAGAAAUCUAACUUUGGAACUCUAUUAAAUGGUGGGGAGUGGGGCAGAAACUAUUUAACAAGAUAUUUCAUUUUAAAUUAUAUAUUUAUUUUAGAUACAUUGUACAUAUUAUUUAUUUAGGCUUGAUCCUGUAGUUCUGUCAUCAAGUGGAGAGACAGAAGGAUUGUGCAGUGUAACAUUCUCUAAUAAAUAACCCUUUGUUAUAA